AUGACCCACUGGUAUUGGGCACCUCUCGAAAAGCCUUGGUCGAAUCUUCUGGCAAAAUACUGUAUUUUUGUAGCCAGGUAUGAUUAAAUUGUUUCUACUGCAUGUCGUGCGUAGAGAAAAUUUGGAGAAAAAAUGAAGAAAAAUUCCAUGGCAGAGGUUAAUUUUUUUUUUUGCGACGUCUGCCCUACUUUUCGUAUUAAAUUUUUUGGUGCAUUCCGCGCCUAUUUAGCCGUGUUUUUUUUCUGACCAAAUUACCGUAAGCCUUCAGGUAUCAGGUAUUAAAGCGAAAGCGCAAAAAGUUUGAUAUCUUGAAGCGAAUCUUGAAAACAGUCUAAUAGGUUGUGGUAUUCCUUGACAAGUUUGCGCGGAAUUCAAUUAAUCACGACGUUGAACCGACUACUCAGACCUCGGUAUCCCAAACCGGACGCUUUCUAGCGUUCAAGUAAUCGCUAAAAUGAUUACUAGAAAGGAUUAGAAACGCCCGGAUCGCGUCCGGUUUGCAUUACCGAAAUCCGAGUGUUUACAGACACCCAUGGCCUUUCAUCCUCCUACCGACGUUUCUCACGAUAUUUCUGUCUACAGGGAUUUUGCUUAACUUUAAGGUCCUUUCUCAAUUUUGUUUCGCUUCGUACAAAGUCUUAUUUGAGAUCGUCCGAGGGGUCAACUACUUGUACUCGCCCCUCGAUGCCAAAUGGAAGUCUGAAGAAGCAGUUCUAGGAGAAAAUUGGGCGAAUGAUGACAAACACUUCUAUCCAGGUCGAACAAUGGAGAAUUCGGUUUUAUCAGUGGUUUCAGGGAAGGAUCUAAUGAGAAGACGUGGUUUGUACAUUAUUGUCAAAAGCUCUGAUGGCGGUGACGUUCUUCGCAGGGAACAGGCUCUUGAAUUUAAAGAGGUUUUCAAUCCUAUUUUGGAGAAAAAAAAAUGGAAUGAACAAAAAGAUAAUGCACUGGAUUGAAAAGUCGAACAUGACAUCUACGACCGGCGAAUGGUUCUCUUACAAAGAUAUCUGUCUCCACUUUCAGGUGAGUGUUUCCUUUUGAAAAACAUUGAUUCGUGGUCAGAUAAAUACCUAAAUAUUUCUUUGAUGAAGUGAGUCCGAUUCUAGGGAUUUCCAGAGGCAAGAAAUUCGGUUUGAAUUAUUCGAAUCAUUUAUUUUUUAUACGACUGAAAUUCAAUCCUAAAGAUGAUUAUGUUUCUGAUAAGUUCGAGAAAAUGUAACUUCCUAGACCUUUGCUUUAUUGUUAUAGAAGUUUUUUGUGAUCUGCAAAAAACAGACUGGGAAUCUGAUAAUUUCGUUUGAUGCAGUGCUAUACCCUGUGAUCCGAGAAGAGCUGUUUUUUUUUUUGGUGAAUAUAUUCGAUAAAAUUGAAGCUUUAGCCGUCUUUUCAUUGUGAACUUUGGUAAGGGCUUGGUUACUAUUAGGUUGAAAAGAUCCGUUUUUACCUCGAAGGGUACAUUUAUUUUCAGAACGAUUGCUUCUCCAACACUCAUGCAAAACUGCUUGCCGACAUUUUCGCGAAUGGACACGUAAAAAACUUCAACGUUACUUUCCCCAGCUACCGCAGCCGCUUUACGACAGAACCAAUCGACGUUUCCAAGGCGAGAUUUGCCAGUUUUUGUUGGAGAAUUUCAGCCAUUGAUAGGUACUCGGAAACGUGACUGUCGACGAAAACGGCGUUGUCAAGACGGCUUCUGCCUGGCUCAUUCUUUACCAGUUGAAGCAGUUUGAGCCGAACAUGGCCGAGUGGAGCAGGUAUUUACAGAUAUCCUGUCAACUUCACACAGCCUUGCCUUCUAGGACUUUCGAGAAAGAAGUCGGACGGAGCAUCGACGAAAGACGCGCUCCAGAGCGCUUGCUCGACCUCUACUACUUCCACUCAGCGACUUUCGAUUUGGAGCUGGAAAAAGAGAACCGAAGAAUAACUCCAAAGUUUUCCAUAACUUUCACAGCGCUCAUCAUUUUCUCGAUUCUCACAACUUUUACCUUUAAAUGGGUUACAUUUCCGGCUUCCGAGAAAAACACAAGGACAUGGCCGAUUGUCGAUUGGGUGAGUAGUUGAUCACCCUGAACAUUCGAUGGCCUAUAUUUUGAGGUCCUGAGUAAACCUCUGAUUGGUAUCUGCGGAGUGGUAAUCACCCUGAUGGCCAUCAUCUCUUCCACCGGUCUCCUCCUCCUUCUCGACGUCACUUUUGUGGACAUGUGCACAGUGAUGCCAUUCCUGAGUCUUAGUGAGUCCUCGGAUCUUUCGGCGGUGCCAACCAGCUUGCAGCAAUCGGAAUCGACGACACGUUUCUGAUGCUGGCAGCUUGGCACGAGACACCCCGGAGCGACUCUGUUGAAGUGGGAACUCUGCAUUUCCCGAAUUCCAACACUUUCUCUCAACAGAAAAGAAUAGAGGCUUCUAUGAGACACGCCGCCGUUUCCAUCUCCAUUACCAGUCUCACCGACGCCUUAGCUUUCCUCAUAGGCGCCAUCGCUCCAUUGCCAGCAGUUUGUUUUUUUUUUUUUCAAAUAUAUUCCAAUACUACGGCUGGUGCAAAACUUCAAAAGUUUUACUCAGGUCAUGUACUUUUGCUACUACUCGUCUGCCGCCAUAGUCUUCAUCUUCGUGUACUGUUUGACCAUUUUCGUCGCCGUUUUGUCGCUUCAAGGCCGGCGCGAAAACGAAUGUCUAAACUCGGUAACCGGCUCGACUACUGUUGACUUCAAUGAAUUCGGUUAGUUCUAUUUAGGAAAGGAAUGGAUUCGUUCUGAAAAAAUUCCUCUUAUUUUGAAACGUUUAGGCAACGCGAGUGGUGCAGAGCUGCUACUGAACAUGGGGUCGCAGUUAGAGAAGCCUUUUCGUGUUCAGAACAACAAUGACUAUACUGCUUAUUCUAAGGUAAUCAUUCAGAUGGCUUAUUCAUCUUAUUUUUCAGUAACAAGAAAAUGAAAGGAAUUUAGGCUUUUCGAAAAAUCAUUUCAUAUUUUUCAUCUUUAAACAGAUAGCCGCGUUAAAAGAUAAAUAUAGAAGUAAAAAAAAAACAAAAACUGGAAAUGACUUGUGGACCAAAAUUCCAAAAAAAAAAACUGAUCGGUCAUUCGAUUUUAAAGGGUUUUUUAAUGCAAUAUGAUGAGAAAAAAAAAUAGGAUUGCUUUUUCGAAGGAGACUCAAGACCACCGAAUGUGGUACCAACAAUUCUUCGAAGACGUCUACGCCCCUUUCGUGGCCACUCCGAUUUGCCGCUUUGCGGCCCUCGCUCUCUACGUCGCUUACGUCAUUUUCGCCUACAGGGGCUCCAAAAACCUUCUGAUCGGUUUCGACGUGAGUCGGAAAAGAGUAGUCGGAAAAGAAAAGAGUAGUCGGAAAAGAAAAGAGUAAACUUUCCAUCCGUGCACUUUGUAGCUGAUCAACAUCGUUCAAGAGUCUUCGGUUUCGAGAAAGUUUCUGCUCACUCGGCAGCAGCUUUUUCCCGAAGACACCAAGGUCUUUCAAACUCUCGAAAUCGUUUUCAGUGAGAUAUAACUGCAGGUUAUGGACAUUGCCGUGAUGAAACCUCCACGAAUGUUCGACCCUGUGGAGCGCCAACAAUUUCUUGACCUCGUCCAAGACUUUGAAGUAAAGUUGAGCCUAAAACAAAAAUUCACUCGAGCAGAAUACGUGGUGCUCUGCCGGUCGGAACUCCACUCAGUUUUGGUACUUCACCUUUGAGAAGUAUGUCGCGGACCUGGGUUUCGGCAAUGACUUCAACAAAAUUGCCAACAACGAAACGGUAUCCUUUUUUCACAAACUCAAAACGCAUCAAGAGUUUUUUGCAGAAGUUCAACAAAAAUCUGCGUAGUUUUCUAAUGACAAAUGAACGGUUCGCCUACGACGUCCAGACGCGAAACAACAGUCCGACGGCUUUCCGGCUGUCGACACGGCUGCGGCGAGUCGACGACGAUGAGAGCAUGAGUCGCUGCGCCGCUACCAUGAGGUUCGACUUCUCAACUCAAUGCUCCGUCAGAAAAUGAGGAGUGAGACAGGGAAAUCGUUGAUUUUGGUUUGAGAGGCCUGAUGGGUUUUAACAAGGAAGCUUGAGCAAUAAAUUUUUAGUUUUUCAGCUUCUAUUUACUUCAGGUCGCUCUCUUCGUUUCACGCAGUCUUUCAAGUCUCGACCUACUCGCCGAUCUGGCACAUCGCCGACGAGUACGACAUCAUGUGGCCGCAGACUCUCCAGGACAUCUACAUCUCCAUUGGUCUUUCCGUUUUGGCUUAUGCUCAACAUUUUUCUUUCAGCUGUCAUGAUCCCAGUUGCUCUUCUCUUCAUUCCACAACCUCUAUGCUCUCUUGUCAUUGGUCUGUUUUACUUGUAGGACCUUAAAAAGUUUUAGUUUUCGAGUAGACCGCUGGUACCUAGAUUCGAAAGACGCUUCGCUAACGCACGAACAGCGGAAUGUCAUUCCGUAAAAUUUCAAGUCGUGGCACACAGACUAUAAUAAGUUCCUAAUAACGUGAACAGCCGAAAACUCUGAAUGUUACACUUUUUUCAACGGGUCCCUAGUCUUUAUCUGUUUUUGUUUUAUUGUAGUAGUUGAUUCUGAUAUUUGAUUGUUUAUUAGAAGAAUUCAGCCAGGGUACAACUCUAGAAGUAUUCAGGAGCGAACAUAGCGUCGAUCGCGUUCGGCGUCAUCGGAUUCAUGUCUUUGCUUGGCGUGAGUCUCGACGCGACUUCCAUGAUAACUGUGGCUAUGAGUGUUGGCUUUUCUGUCGGUUCUCAUCCAUCGGAACAAAAAGUUCUCAAAAUGUUGAGAUUCAGAUUUUGCGGCCCACGUGUCUUACGCCUACAUGACUGAGAACAGAUCACCAAAAGAAGGAGAAUGGUAUUGUUUUUUUCAGUUCAGUUUUUCAGGAGAUAGGUUAACAACCCAGUGAGUUUUACUUGGCGAACGCCUAAAGAUUCCGCUGAUUUUGGUUUCGAAAAUAAUAAUAUUUAUUUCAUUCAAAAGGGGAAAUAGUCAUUGAGAUAUAGAGAGAUGGCACAAAAAAAAACUGAGGGGAAUGAAAUAAAUUAAAACCUCGGUUUUUUUCAGCUGCUGAUUAUACACGAAAGUGAUUGAGAAAAGAAUUUUCUUAAAGUAAUCUGUCGAUCGAGUCGAGGAUCUUUCUAAAGGUGGUCGGCGAAAUGUUGAGAUCAUAUCUAGAGCAGAGUCUAUGCCAAAUUAAAAUGACCGAGAAGUUUUAUUUAUUUAUUUAUUUAUUUCACUCAAACACGAAAAUACAGAGUAUUUGAAAAGGAAGAAUUUGAGUAAGUUUGAAAAAUGAGAACCUGUCUGAACAAGCCGAAAAGGCUGUCGAGGCUUUUUUUUCUGCGCUUGGAAAGUAAUGAAUGCCCAAGACAAUUUUUUGAGUGUUAGCAAUGGAGCGAUUGUUCUUCUACCGAAAAUAUGCACUGAUUUUAGUGUCUCCAGACGGUCAGAACAUGAAGGAAAUUCAAUUUUUCUUCUGAAGAAUAUUUCUCUUGUAACGCAUCGAUAGUUUUUCAAGUAGAACAGUCGGGAGUUGAUUGGCGAGCAGAAGCUAUCAAGGCAAUAAUCUGAAUAUGUACAUAUUGAAGCCCGACCGUGGCGAGGUUCCGUUACACGUUGGGGACGGUGGCGUGGCCUGUGACGCAGGCGUCGAUCUCCGUCAUUCUCGGCGUCUCUUCCCUCUAUUUCGUCGACAGCUACGUCGUCCAGACAUGCUUCCGGACCGUCCUACUCGUCAUUUCCUUCGGUAACUUUUCGAGAUUUGUUGCCUGAUGUUCAGAGAAUCUGUUCAGGAACGAUCCAUGCUCUGGUAUUUCUUCCUCUUCUUUUGCUUCAUUGUCAUAAGCUGUACACGUACUUUAAAAAGUAG